AUGAAUAAGGUGUACAAUAUACAAUCAUACAAACAAGUCAUCAUUUUUGCCUUGUUCGUUGCCGCGGCUGUCGCCGUCCCCAUCGACUCUAGGGACGCCACCAUCGUCAGAAGCAACCUCGACAACAUCGGUGUUGGAGACUACUCCUAUGGAUACGAAACUAGCGAUGGCAAGGUAGCUUCAGCAGAAGGUCACUUAAAGAGCAAUGGCCCUGAGAAUCAGUUUUUUGAAGUCCGUGGCUCUUACUCUUACCCAGCACCUGACGGAGUCGUUUACACCGUCACCUACGUCGCCGAUGAGAAUGGAUUCCGGGCCGACGGUGCCCACAUCCCCAGAUCAUAA